AGUGACAUUUUUGUUAACGUUCCGGUCCCCAUGCAUCUGUUUUGAUUGGCGAUCAAUCUGAGCGCAGCACCGCAGUGCUGCUACAGUCAAUCUCAGUAACAUCCCUCCAGUCCGGCCACUAAAAACAAUGUCAACAUACUGAGCCUAAUUAUGGAGGAAGCCGUGCCAUUUAGCAUCGUGUCCACCGUCAAAGCGUUGAGCGGCGCGUUGAGGAGAGAUGCUGAACAUGAAGCCGAUAUCAGCCGCGAGCGAGAGAGGCUCUGGUUCAAGGAGAGCAGCGGAAAAAACCUGAGAAAUCGUGACUUCUUGUCACCCAACACGGUUCUGACGACGCUGUACGCCGGCGGAGAGGUUCCCUCUGAUGUUCUCAGUGGUAUUCGCUCUCUUCAUGGCAGCGGCGUAUUGCCGCUAGGAGCCACUGAGGUGACACCAGAAGGUCUGCGUGUGUGUGUGGAUCGCUGUGCAGCAUUCAGAGGUGUUUUAUGUGGAAUAAUGCCAUAUCUGAGACCUGCUGCUCAGAGACAGGGCUGUGUCCUCAUCAACUGCCCUGCUCUCCACACCAAACAAACAGUGCCAUCUCCUGAUACACUAGCUCUGGGGCAGCUUCGGACCGUUCUCAUUGCUGACCACCUCGGAGCUCAGCUCAGAAGACAAGGGUACACUGUGUCCUUUAGUCCAGCCUUGCCACAGGACAGUGACAUUGUCAACUUUCUGAAAACGCUAGGCAUUGAUUGGCCGACGGUCCCUGUCAGCUGGACCAAUGAGGACAGGGAGGAGAAAAUGAAAAAAGCUUUAGAGAACUCAACCUACAGAGACAGAGAGAUGGAGAGAGGAAAAAGGAGAAGCAGAGGCGAGGAAAUAGAGGGAGAGAGAAGAGGGAUAAAAGAGGAAGUUAGGAUAAACCUUAAACAAGUGGUACAGGACGACAACCUUCAGGGGUAUGAUCCCAGUCUUGGCACUUGCACAGUGCAGAGAGAAGCUUUGUGUCAUCUGGCCCAGCUCGACAGUGCUGCCACAGAUUUCCCUAUCUCUACAACGACAGCCCUGCAUGUCACUUCCUGUCAGGAUGAGUUUCGUCAGCAGCAAACAGCCAUGUUGUGGAGAGCGGCGGGUGCAACGGCAGUGCAGAGAUUGGUGAUUUGUGGUCCUGUUAAAACUCCUGGAAUUCAGAUGAAUGCAGCUCAGUAUCUUCAGUUACGAAAAGCUCAGAUGAAAGAGGCCUCAGAAAUGAAGUAUGGAGACCAAGUGGAAGGUCAGACAUGGGAUGACAUAAUUAGAGUCAUGACCUCGGCCACAGUGAGGUUUGAACUGCUUUCCACAGUGCACACAAGUCCGGUUACCUUAGAUGUUCAGCGGGACAGUGGUGUGUCCACAAAGGGCCCCAGGGGUGGAGUCUUUGUCAUGUACAACUGUGCUCGUCUUCACACACUUUUCAGCAGCUACGAGAAAGGGGUGGAGCAAGGUCUUUAUCCAGAAAUUCCUGGAGGCAUAGAGCUGGACUUUUCUGCCCUAAAAGAGGAGGGGGAGUGGCUUCUUCUCUUCAAUUACCUCAUUCCAUUCUCUGAGUUGCUGGACCAAUCGGGACACAUCCUGGAACAUGAAGGCAGCACAGCCAGAGUGAAUUUAAGGACUGAACAGGUGUGCAGAUUCUUGGUGUCUCUCAGUAAAGAUUUUAGCUCCUACUACAACAGAGUUCACAUCCUUGGGGAGCCCCUGCCUCAUCUUUUUAAUCAGAUGUUUUGUCGUUUAUUGCUGCUGAGAGCAUUAAGAGAACUUUACCACAGUGCCCUAGACUCCCUUAACCUUCCCCCAAUACCCCAACUAUAGCAUCUCCAUUGCAGACAUUACAAAUUCUCUCCCUUAACAGCCAGCACUCUUCCAUUUCCUUUAUUAUUACACCUUAGAUACCUUCCUCAUAGCCAUAAUUGCCUGACCAUAUUGUCUGAA